UUCGGUCCAACCAACGCGAAGUUACUCAUGCUGGGCUCGGACGUAGGCUGAGCGCUGGGGCGCCGAGCCGCUCUUUCCAACACUGCUCUGUUAUCUUUCCUCCCAUUUGGAAAAGGCCGUGUGAACACAGAGAGGUGACAGUAAACAAGUCCAUCAUAGAAGCAUCUCCUCUCCUCCUUCCCCUAGUAAUGGCAGGGUGAAAUCGGGUAAGGAUAAAUGGGUAGGGCCCACAAAAAUGGAGGAAAUAUGAGUCAAGAUGGGAAUGUGUGGGCUUUUAAAACUCGCACCAUUCAGAGGUGUAUCGCCUCGCGAACGAAGGUUGUGGGAGAAAGAUUAAGCAACAAAAAUGGCGGAGCAAACGAAGGGCAAACCCAUCCGUUGCAAAGCUGCUGUAUGCUGGAACCCAGGGGAAGCACUGGUGAUAGAAGAGAUAGAAGUGGCUCCACCCGAGCAAUGGGAAGUUCGAAUAAAGGUCAUAUGCACCUCCCUAUGCCACAGCGAUUUCACUUUCUGGCAGCUCAAGGGCCAGCCCGACUUCCCUCGGAUAUUUGGCCACGAAGCCGUUGGGGUGGUGGAGAGCGUGGGAGAGGGGGUGGAUGAAGUGAAGGAGGGGGAUUUGGUGGUUCCUUUCUUCCUGCCCGAGUGCGGCGACUGCGCAGACUGCAAAUCACCAAAGAGCAACAUAUGCGGCAAGGUCAUCUUCAAAGUCACUGGAGGCAUGAUUCGUUCUGGCACCACCAGGUUCUCUGCUCUCAGUCGUGGCCCCGACCACCCUUCACCCAUAUACCAUGUGCUAUGUGUCUCCAGUUUCUCUGAGUACACUGUUGUGGAUGUUGCUAAUGUCGUUAAAAUCCCCUCUGAUAUGCCUCCUGAUAUGGCUUGCCUCCUCAGCUGUGGCAUCUCAACUGGGGUGGGAGCUGCUUGGAAAGUGGCAAAUGUUGAAGCAGGAUCCACAGUGGUCAUUUUCGGAUUAGGAACGGUGGGACUCGCAGUUGCAGAAGGAGCAAGAAUACAGGGGGCAUCGAAGAUUAUUGGGGUUGAUCUUAAUCCUCAAAAGUUUGAACUUGGGCAGGUUUAUGGGCUCACUGAUUUUAUCAAUCCAAAAGAAUGUGGUGACAAACCAGUGCAUGAGGUCAUAAGAGAGAUGACUGAUGGUGGUGUUGACUAUUGUUUUGAAUGUGUCGGCCUGGCUUCCCUCAUGAGUGAAGCAUUCCUUAGCAGUCGGCCGGGUUGGGGAAAGACCAUAAUAUUGGGAGUAGAAAUGCACGGAGCUCCCAUAUCUAUCAGCUCAAUUGAGAUCCUCAAGGGAAAAACUGUGAUGGGUUCCCUGUUUGGAGGAAUCAAACCUAAGUCCGAUAUCCCCCUUUUGGCAAACAAAUAUCUUAAAAAGGAGCUUCAAUUGGAGGGAUUUGUUACCCAUGAGGUGAGUUUCCAGGAUAUAAACAAGGCUUUCGAUUUAAUGCUCCAAGGCGAAGGUCUACGAUGCAUUAUUCGAAUGGAUGCUUGACCAGGUCUAAUGCAUUUGCUUUUUGUUACGAGUUUCCCAAUUGAAUUAUGAAUCGGCAAUGAAUUUUCACGCAUUUGGGAUGAAGAAUUGCACCCACUUGGUUUUCCCUUCUUAUUGCAACUGAAGUUAUCUUGUAAACAAAACACACUGACUGUGUUCAAUAAAUGUAGUAUUAUUGCUUUAUUUAA